AUACCAUCCCCUCUCAUCUCUCCUCACGCAGCCAACUGGUGUACAGAGGUCCUUGAUUUCUUUAUAUAAAGUAUUAUUGACACGAUAAUAACGCAUAAUAACAGCAAUGAUGGUACUAAUCUCCCUGGACUGUACGAUAAAGACGUGUAAUUGUCGUCAAUCAUUUUUACAGUGUAACUGAUAUUGUUGGUGCUUUUUAAUUUGCAAAUAAACACCACUGUAUUUUUGUCUCGUUGGUCAAUUUGCUCUUCUUUCCCCUCUGAGUUUUCAGAUAAACACUCUAUAAUUUGGAACGGAGAAACGGAUUACUGCUCAAACAAAGUAUGUUUUGGCAUUAGAGAAGACGGAGAUUGGAACAGUCUCACGGGGGCAAGUAUGAGGAAAUGAACAAUGAGGAAACUCACUAUUAGGGUCUGGUGUGUUCACAUUUUCUCCCCUGCUUAUUUUAUAAACAUAAUCUUAUCGUGGUUUUAGUUUCACAGUAUAUUUUAACAUUUUUGGGGUUUCAGUUUGAAGCUGUGUUAGAAGAUCAGUACAGAUAUCCAUCUCCAGACUGACUGAGUCUAAACUGACUAUGAGUAAACAUGUACUGUAUUGAGACGUUUCUUGUCCUCACAUGAUGAUCUGAUUUAUCUUGACAGCAUCUCCUUCUCAUCCCCGCUUCCUUAAAACGAAAAUCCCCAACCUUCAAUGUAGAAUAAGGGGAAUCCUGAUCAAGAGCUAGGGAAUGACCGAUGAUCCGUUUACAGAAGUAGAUAAUAGCCUUCAAGACAUCCAAUGAGAAUAGAACUUUAUAAUAUGACAAUGUUGUCUCUGGGGAGAAUGGUUUCAAACAUCUUGCAUCCUUAUCAACUUUAAUAUCAUACUAACCUUUCCUAUUACCAUACUGCAGCUUCUAAAGUAUCUGCAUCCUCAUUUCAGAAUGGAAUUAAGGACAAAAGCCAAAUGUUAUUUUUUUCUAUCUAUAUAUUAUUACCUCCUGAAAAUAAGAGAAGCAAAAUAUUGCACUGGUUCAAACCUCUAUCCAUAAGUAUUAUUUCUAUUCAUUGUUUUAUCAAAUACAUCUCAUAUAAUUACUGGGACAGUUUAAGUACAGGGCUAGAUAAACACGGGGGUAUCCGUUGUAAAUGUUGCACCCAUUCCAGAAUGAAUUAUGAUCUGUAGAGUAAAAGCGUUUCCUCUUCAACCAAUCAAAUGGGAUGUUCAUUUUAAAUGUUCAAUCUGAGGGAUUUUCUAACAACUAUUAAUGCUAUGAAAAGUUAAACUACUUUCUUUUCAUCAGUUCAGAUUUGUCUGCCUCUAUCAACAAGUGAUGCAGGGCAGGUUGACCAAUGACAGCUUAGAAUAAACUCCUCGACAAUGUAGUUGAACCUGCCCAUCACUUUAUUGACUCGGGACUUUCCAUUUAAUUCCAGGCUAGACCAUUGUUCUAUUCAUUUCAGCCCGAUACUUUCUCCGAAUAGAUCCCUUCCUCAUUUACUACACUGUUAAAUCGUUGCGUUCGUCGGAUCCAGACUAGGUUUGAUUUGAGAGAACUUGGACGCGGAGAGAAUGGAGGAGCAACAGCAACAUGAUGAUGCGCUCCUGGGGCGCACAGGGAGCCAGGACGUGAUCCUACCAAUGACAGCUACAAGAGGGGCUUCUAACAGCCGUCCGUUGAAGAUAGCAGGGUUCACAGUGUUGGCCUGUCUUCUCCUGGCCGGCCAGGCCUUCACUGCCUACAUGGUCUUCAACCAGAGGGGCCAGAUCCACGACAUGGAGAAGAGCAAUGACAACAUGCGCAAGCAGCUGAGAAACAGACCUCCAGUAGCCCCUGUCCAGAUGCACAUGCCCAUGUUCAACAUGCCCCGGCUGAUAGACUUCACUGAUGAGGACACCAAGACAGAAAAGACUCCCAUGACGAAAUUGGAGGCCACUGCCAUUGUGAGCCUAGAGAAGCAGGUGAAGGACCUGCUGCAGAGCCCCCAGCUGCCCCAGUUCAACGAGACGUUCCUGGCCAACCUACAGAGCCUGAAGAGACAGAUGGAGGAGGCCGAGUGGAAGGGUUUUGAGACUUGGGCACGUAAUUGGCUGCUCUUCCAGAUGGCCCAGGAGAAGCCCCCUGCACCCAGCACACCUCAGCCUGCCGCUGGCCUGCAGACCAAGUGUAACCUGGAGAAGUCGUUCCACGGCCAUAAGCUUGGUGCCUACCUCCCUCAGUGUGACGAGCAGGGCAACUACCUGCCCAUGCAGUGCUGGCACGCCACUGGUUUCUGCUGGUGUGUGGACAAGAACGGCAAAAUCAUCGAGGGCACCAGCAUGCGUGGCAGAGCCACCUGUGACAGAGUCCCCAGUCGGAUGGCAGGUUUCCCCAGGAUGAUGCAGCUGAAGGAGUACAAGGAUGAGUAAAACCACAGCUCCACCAGGGCACCAGCUGGCCUGCUCUCUCCUCGUCUCACUGCCAGAUUUUUUUGUUUUGUUUUUUUUACUUCUAAUGACUAUUUCACUCUUCCUCUAUCAUGAUAAAGGUCAAUUAUAUGGGAUACAACACAAUGAAAUACUCUCUUUUGAUUCAUGGAUAAUAGUUUUCUUUGGACAGUAUAAAUGCUGUGAACAUUAUUAACAGCAUUUUUUUUGCUUCUGAACUCAACAUAGCUAUGUAAAGCAUUUGAGAUAUAAAUACAAGAUGUGUGUUACAUUUUAAACCAUGCACAACACCCAGACUUUUCCAUCCCCAAACCCUGACCCAAACCCCUGUCAACUUUGACCCCUAGUGCCUCCAAUCAUAUCCAGCUGAUGGGGGCUAGCCCCACCCCGUUUCCCUAUUCUGUCUCUCCACACGUAGACUGCCAUAAGGCUUAUUUGAUCAGCUUCUGUCUAGAGUUUCUAACAUAGAUGUAGUGUGAAGCAUGCUUUGACUUUUAUGAAUGUAGGGAUAGGAGAACCGAUAAAAAUGAAUAAAGUGCUAUUUCCUACUAAAA